UCCCUUGCUAUCUCGCAAAAUUCAAAUUUCUAUUGCCUUCGUCGUCUGGCUAGCUCAUUUCAGUUCAAAAUUUAAACCCUAAACCUCUCUCAGAAGAAAGAAAGGCAAAAAUGUUUUCUCCGGGGACGAAGAGGUCCAAUCUGAGCUCCCGCAAAGAGCGAAGCCUGGGGCACUCUCUAAAUGCGCUCGAUUCUCCCAUUACUCCAGUACCAGAGUCUCGAAAACCAGCUAAUGACAAUUCCAUCCCUGAUCGCCCGAGCACCGGUACUCCCGCUCCCUGGGCUCCUCGUUUAUCCGUCCUCGCCAGGAUUCCACCAGUCAACAAAAAUGAGAAAGGAAAUGAAAUAGAUCCUGUUAAGCCGGUAUUUGUUUCAGAGUUUCCACAAUCAGUUCGUGAUGAACAAUCCAGUUUCCUUAGAAAGUAUCUUCCUGGUCAUGCAUGCAUAUCUGGCGGAAUGGAUAAGAAAACCUGCCUUUCUUGGAUCAUUUGUGGAAAUAGGCUCUUCAUAUGGAGUUACUUGUCAUCUGCACCAUCUAGAAAAUGCAUUGUUCUUAAACUCCCGUCAGAUGUUAUAGAAGGUGAACAAACUUGCACCACUUCAUUUUACGGUAAAAAUUGGUUGCUUAGUGUUGUCAAUUGGGAUUCACCAAGCCAGAGUAAAAGCAAAGUGUUCCAACAAUGCAAAUCUGCUGGUGUCAUAAUUUGUAACCAAAAAACUCGAGCUAUCAUAUACUGGCAGAUUUUCAGUUUGUAUGAGACAAGCUUCAUAGAUUUCUACUUGAGAAAAAAAGGAGUGCUUCCUCUCAAAAAGGAUUUAUGCUCACCUUUUGCAGGACAUUCUUUGCAAAUUAUCUUGGAACAUGGUGAAAAGCUGGCUGGAAUGGUUCAACUGCGGGAUCUGCAAAACUUAAUUAGCCAGAACCGUUCAGUUGAAAUUGGUUCACCACGUAAUGGUUUAGAGCAUCAAGGUGCAGGUUCCAUUUGGGAUCUUAUUCAGUUGGUUGGUGAGAAAGCCCGGCGGAAUACUGUUCUUCUGAUGGACAGGGAUAAUGGUGAAGUGUUUUACAGUAAGGUCUCUGAUAUUGAGGAAGUAUUUUAUUGCUCAGACAAACAGCUUGAAUAUUUAAUAAGCACAGAGCAUCCACUUGAGAUUCAGAUGCAGAGAGCUUGUGAAAUUUCAAAUGCAUGUGUUACUGUAAUUCGAACUGCCAUGCAGUACAGAAAUGAGCACCAGAUGUGGUAUCCACCACCUGAGGGCUUAACCCCUUGGUAUUCUCAACCUGUGGUGCGUAAUGGGCUGUGGAGCAUUGCUUCUUUCUUUCUCCAGCUGUUAAGGGAAACAUCUGGGCUUGAUGUGUCUGCAAAAACAUACAUAUACAAUCAUCUAGAAGCACCGGCAGAGGUUUUACUUGAGGCAUAUACUGGUGCUAUCACAGCUAAGGUAGAGCGUGGAGAAGAACACAAAGGUCUUGUAGAAGAAUAUUGGAUCAGGAGAGACACACUUCUUGAAUCUCUUUAUGAGCAAGUCAAAGGUUUUGUGGAAGCAGGGUGCCAGGAAGUACAUGGAGAGCUUGGCGAGCCAAAUGAGGAAAUCCUUAGGAAGCACUCUUCAAGUUUGCUGGCUAUUGCAAAACGACAUGAGGGCUACCAAACUAUGUGGACAAUAUGUUGUGACCUCAAUGAUUCAGUGCUACUUAGAAAUCUUAUGCAUGAGAGUGCGGGACCCCAGGGAGGGUUUAGUUACUUUGUGUUCAAACAAUUGUAUAAGAAAUGGCAAUUUUCCAAGCUUCUAAGGCUUGGGGAAGAGUUUCCGGAGGAGCUGUCGAUUUUUCUAAAGCACCAUAAUAAUCUCUUGUGGCUUCAUGAAGUAUUUCUUCAUCAAUUUUCUUUGGCUUCUGAUACUCUUCAUGAAUUAUCUCUCUCUCAAGAAAAGACCUCUACGUCAACUGAUGAAGAGGGAACAGAGCUUGACUUUGGAAAUUCAGAAUUAACACUGGCAGAAAGAAGGCGGCUUUUGAAUCUCUCAAAGAUAGCAGCCAUAGCAGGUAAAGAUGCUGACUGGAAAGUAAAAGUGGAACGCAUUGAAGCUGAUAUGAAGAUUUUGAAAUUGCAGGAAGUAAUAACCAAAGCAGCCUGCAGUAAUGAAGCAAUUGAACAGCGGCUGCUUCGUCCAGAUGAGCUCAUAGAGCUGUGCCUCAAAAGUGAAAACUCAGAGCUUGCAUUGCUUGCAUUUGAUGUCUUUGCAUGGACCAGCUCCUCAUUUCGUAAGAGCCACAGGAACCUUUUGGAGGAUUGCUGGAGGAAUGCAGCUGAUCAGGAUGACUGGGGGCAGCUCUACGAAGCUUCUGUAGAUGAGGGGUGGAGCGAGGAGGAUACUCUGCGGCAACUCAGAGACACUGUGCUUUUCCAGGCCUCAAAUAGGUGUUAUGGGUCACAAGCAGAAACUAUUGAAGGAGUGUUUAAUGAAGUGCUCCCCCUGAGGAAAGAUAACAUACCGGCUCCACUUUUGGAAGACUUAAAUUCUUCUGUGGAAGGAAUAUUGAUGCAGCAUAAGAAUUUUGCUGAUGCGGGCAAACUAAUGCUGACUGCAAUAAUGUUGGGCGCUCCACAGGAUGAUACGGAAGCCAAUGAAGGUCAUUUUCCAAUGGAUUGAUAGUGGUACUGAUAACAUUUUAGGAUAGGUCCUCACUGACUUGCAAAAUCAUGAGUAAAUGUUGUCUAUAGCUGUCAAGCUUCGGUGCUACUGUCUUUCUACACCAGAUGAUUGCCUGCUGCUGUUUUUUUUUUUCAUAUGCAUAGGCAGCUAGUUGGUGAUAAGGGCCUUGCUCUGAAUUGGUGAAUCUUGAAAUUGGGGCUCUUACAGCAGGUUGGCUUACAUUUAGGUCUCAUGUCAAAUUUAACUAGUUUUCUCUGGUAAGUUCUUUAGGGCAAAGAUUCAUUUUUUUAAGGGUGCUGUAUCUUUUUAGUGCUUUGAUAACUAGAUAUAAAUAGUGACCAACACCACUCAUGAGAUUACCAUGGCGUCUUGGAGGUACUUGCCUCAGCAAUAAGUUUUUAAUA